UCAGCGCUGCUCCUCUGUGAUUGGACGUCUGAGCUCCUCGCUGUGAGCCAAUCACACGCCGAACUGUACAAAGAGAUCUGAUCCUCUCCCCCCAUCCUCACUCCUUCUCAUAGCGCACAGAUCUCAGAUCUGACGAGGACAUGCACUCUCACGAUGCCUCACGGAAUAUUUCCCCGUUAUUCUCAAUCCUUUCUGGAUCUUCUCAAAUGACUCUCUUGAUGGGGUGAUGAGGAGGACGAUGGUACUGGAUUGUUGUUUGCGUCGAGGAACAGUUUGAUGCAAAAUGCCUUCUAAUGGGUCAGAGAUGACAAAGGGGUCCGGCAACUGGAGGUGGCAAGUGCUUUGGUGGCAUCAUUUCUUCCUUUUGUGGACUACAGUGGACUCGCAGACUCGCUACAGCAUCCCCGAGGAACUAAAACAAGGAUCUGUGGUGGGAAAUGUGGCCAAAGAUUUAGGUUUAGGAAUAUCCGAACUGUUUGAUCGCAAGCUGCGCGUCGAGUCCGAUGCCGGGGAGCAGUAUUUCAGCGUGGACGUGGGGAAGGGAGAGCUGCUGGUGAAUGACAGGAUAGACAGAGAGGCUCUGUGCGGACAAAGCAGCAGCUGUGUUCUGCCUUUGCAGGUUAUAACCGAGAAUCCUCUUCAGUUGCACCGCAUAGAAAUAGAUAUCAGAGAUAUCAACGACAAUUCUCCGACUUUUAAAACGGAGCAAAGACAAUUGAAAAUCGCCGAAUCCACCGCGACGGGUACAAAAAUACCCCUCGACCCAGCACAGGAUCUGGACGUGGGUAUCAAUUCAGUCAAGUCUUAUACGCUCAGUAAAAACGAGUGUUUUAGUCUGAAAAUAAAGGAGUUGUCGGGUGACAGACGAGUUCCGGAGCUGGUGUUAGAGAAACCGCUCGACAGAGAAAAACAGAGUGAACAUCGGUUGUUAUUAACGGCUCUGGACGGAGGAAAUCCCGUCAGAACAGGAACUACUAGUAUUUUAAUAAAUGUUCUAGACAACAACGAUAAUAUCCCCGUUUUUAAGAGCGCGGUUUACAACGCAACUGUGUAUGAAAAUAGUGCUCUCGGCGCGGUUGUAGCCAAAGUUGAAGCGACAGACGCAGACGAGGGAGUGAACGGAGAAAUUAAGUAUUCAUUCGCGGAAGACACUCCGCUCUCUCUGUUAUCUGUUUUUCAGUUAAACCCUGUCACAGGCGAGAUGUCUUUAAUUGGUCCGUUAGACUACGAGGGCGGUUCGAUGCAUGAAAUUGCCAUCACUGCGAAGGACAAAGGCGUUCCAGAGAUGGAGGGUCACUGUCGCGUGCAAGUGCAUGUUGUUGAUGUGAACGACAAUGUGCCGGAGAUAGUUCUCACUUCAAACCCAAACCCGAUACCAGAGGACGCACCUAAAGGCACCGUGGUGGCGCUACUCAAAGCAAAAGACUUAGAUUCUGGUGAUAACGGGAAAGUGACAUUACAAUUAUCAAAUAGUCAGUUAUUUAUGUUAAAACCUUCGUUUUCAAACAAUUAUGCGCUGGUGACAAACGGAGUUUUGGACCGUGAGAGGUUCCUGGAGUAUAAUAUUGAGAUCACAGCCACUGACUCGGGUUCUCCUCCUCUGUCCAGUAAGAAAACUAUACCAGUCACCGUCACUGACGUGAAUGACAACCCUCCUGUGUUCUCUCAGUCCUCUUAUAACGUCUAUUUGAAAGAGAACGGAGUAGCAGGAUCUAUCCUCUUCUCAGUUUCUGCUUCUGACCUGGACUCUGGUGAGAACGCUAAAAUCUCUUACUCCAUUCUGGACUCGAAGGUUCAGGAGGUGUCAGUCUCAUCCUAUGUUUACAUCAACUCAGAUAACGGCAGCAUCUACAGCAUGCACUCGUUUGACUAUGAGAAGCUGAAGGUGUUUGAGAUUCAGGUCCAGGCAAAGGAUCAGGGCUCUCCGUCUCUCAGCAGCAACACCACCGUCCAUGUGUUCAUCCUGGACCAGAACGACAACGCCCCCUCUGUCAUUUACCCGUCCUCUGCUGCCCUGGGCUCCCUCUCUCAUCAGAGGAUGCCCCGCUCCGCUAAAGCAGGUCACCUGGUUACCAAGGUGACGGCCGUGGAUGCCGACUCGGGUCAUAACGCCUGGAUCUCCUACAAAGUGGCGGAGGCCACGGACGCCUCUCUGUUCACGGUCAACCAGUACACGGGGGAGGUGAGGACUAAACGCUCCGUGUCCGAGCACGACGAUUCCUCUCAGAGACUCCUCAUAGAGAUCAGAGACGAUGGGGAACCGGUCCAGUCCGCCACCGUCACCGUGUCCAUCCUGCUGGAGGACGGGCUCCAUGAGCCCAUCUUGGACCUGAGACACAAAGUGUCCGAGUCCAGCAAGAAGAGCGACAGACUGGCCCUGUAUCUGAUCCUGUCUCUGGCCUCUGUGUCCGUGCUGUCGCUGGUGACUUUCCUCAUCUUAGCGGUCAAAUGCAUGAGGAGCAGCAGAAGCAGCGGCGCUUGCUGCAUGAGACGCUCAGACUGUGAGGAUUACAAGAACCCCAACAGAAACCUGCAGAUCCAGCUCAACACUGAUGGACCUAUCAAGUACGUGGAGGUCCUGGGAGGAGACAUGAUGUCUCAGAGUCAGUCCUUCAGGUCCUGCAUGUCUCCCAUGUCAGAGUACAGUGAUUUCACACUGAUCAAACCCAGCAGCACCACUGACUUUAAGGAGGUGAUCAGUGUCCUGGAUGCUUCUUUACCGGACAGCACCUGGACCUUUGAGAGCCAGCAGGUGAGCAGGCAAUGAAACAUUCGUCCUCAA